AUGGGAUUGGUAGCUGCUUUAUCUUGUUCUUUGAUAGUAUUGAAGAGUCCGAACGUUACUGGUCCAAUUGUUGAAAGCAUUUUGACGGCUCUGGACACGUUCUUUCAAUCUGGAAUCAUUACGGAGCGGUCUCUGAAUGUGAAAGAGGCGCUGAGUAUAUUGCUUGAAGCAGUUUCAAAAUGCCGUUUUGAAGCAACCGAUCGUAGUCAGGAUGAGGUUGUUCUGGUCCAUAUGCUGGAAUUGCUGCGUUUAAUGAUUUCUCUUCCUAUCGGCAACAUCUUAAGCCAUUGCGAUAUCUGGAACAUAUUUGAUACUGUCUUUAUCAACAGUCAAGAGGUGGAGGCGAAGUCGGCUAUUCUCGUCUUCUCCGGAAGGUGGCGGAGCACGUUCUUCGCGAUAUUACGAUCAUCAUAUUCCGUCGGUUUUCCUCCUCCUCCUCUCUGA